AGUUAGUAUAAAAACUCAGGUUGAACUUAACGGUAAAGUGUUUAUUACACGUAUAAUUGAAAAUAAUUUAAAACCAGACUAUUGCUACCAAUGUGAUUCCUUAUCUAGUAAUGUUGAAGAAUCCUCUACUUAUGCGAUAUCCUCUCUAUAUCAAUCUAUUUUUAGUAUUAAAACAAAAUUUUCUGAAACAUCAGCAAUAAGUUUAGAUAAUUUACAAAUAAUUGCUGAGUUAUUAGCUGAUGUGAAAUUUAGACCUUUUUCUGUAAAAGUGGAUAAAUAUCAAAUUUUUAUAUACAAAUUAGAAAGUUCAAAACAAAGAAAAUGGUUAAAUGCAAGACCUGAUAUUUUGCAUUAUUAG